AGAAUUUAGAGAGAAGAAGAAGAAGAAAGAGUUUGUCGGCACGCAGAAAACAUAUUGGAUUUUGAGGGAUUUUAAAUAGUGUUUUAAUUGAUAUUAGAGAGUGUUUAUUAAUAUAUUUUACUACCCAUUUACAAGUAAACAUGUGAAAUAAUCAUAAUAUUGUGAAAAUGAGAGUGAAAAUUGCAAAUAAAGUGAGCUUUUGCUGUGCAAAAUAAUGCCCAAGUGAUGUAGAUUUUCAUGGCCGAAGAGACGUCUCCAACAUAAGAUUAGCAUAAAAAAUUGAAGUGAAAAAUUAUGAAUUUACUAUAUUGGACCGGUGGGAUUGUGACUCUUCUGACUGCUAUCAUAUUUUACUAUCCCACAUUCUUCUAUGUUUUCCUGUUUGCUCUGUAUUCAGCAGCUCUUAUGAUUUUAUCUAUUGCUGCAACAAUUUAUGUUCACUGCUUACUAUCAUCGAAGAGCCAACCUCAAGCUAGUCAUUUGCCAUCGAAUGUUCUGUACAAUGCGACGAGAUCGAGUAUAUUUGAUUCACCAAAACCAAUUAGAAAUGCUUCGAGUUUGCCAGUGAUUUUUGGCCGGACAGUCGAUGGACUUUUGCAGCAGAUCAUCGAGUAUACGAUACGUGAUUUCAUAUCCCCAUGGCUGGGCCAUGUAGUGAGGAAACCAAAGACUCUAAUGGACGUUGUCAGAGAAGAUUUGUGGAAUGCCAUUCAGAAGCUGAGAGACCGAGCUGUGAAGACAGAUGGACCAAAGAUAUUUGCUGUGGAUAUGGUGGUGAGAGUGACGGUGCAUCUGGAGAAAAUUCGAAUUUACCAGGCCAGGCUAGCAGAUGGCGGUGCUCCUGUAUUUGCAACGGCAUCGUACUUAGAGUCUGAAGAGAAGGAGUUGGAAUUUCUGAGGAAAAUCAGUGAAAUUAUGGUGAUAUUUCUCUUGCCAAGAGGCUAUUCUCUGUCCCCACUGAAGAAUCUCAUCAGUGAAAUACUUUCCUACAAGAUAUUCUAUCCGCUGAUCAAGAUGCUCACUUCACCGGAUUAUCUCAAUCAGAAGAUUGUCCAGUAUAUUGAAUCUCGUCUGGCGGCAGCAGCCAUUAGUAAGAGAAGCUAUGAAUAUGCUGCGAGUUUUGAGGACUUCCUGAAGAUCAUCAAUAAUUCUCAGAGUGUCGAUGAACUUCUGAUGAUGCGAUCUAGCAUCGUAAAUGAUAUUAUGCAGGCUACAACCAUGCAGAAUCUCAGGAGAGCAAAGGGAUUGGAUCCAGAUGGAGAUGAGGGAAAUUUGUCGAAGACAUCAAUUAAACUUAAGAGAUACAUUCAGCAAUUGACUCUAGCUCGUGCCCAGACUGAAAGGAAUCUCAGUAAAUUGGGCUGGGAUGGGAAUUUCAACACUACCGAUCUCAAUCUCUCAAUGCUAGAUAUUCUGUCAACAGUUGUGGGCAGGAGAUACUUAACACUCUUCCUCGAACCACUCCAUGUGAGUUCUCUCGUGGGAUUCUAUACGUCGGUGGAGGAACUCAAACAUGCUCCCAAGACAUCGGAACAUCAAGUUGGAGCUGAGAUUUUUUACACUUACAUCCGAGCUCCUUCAUCCGAGGUUGUCAUCGACAAGGCUGUCCGGAAGAAGAUGGAGGCGUUUCUCCUUGGAGAUAUAGGAUCGGAAGUUUUCUACGAGGCUCAGAAGUCUGUCCUGAAAACCCUUGAGGACAAAUACUACCCACCAUUUUUACAAAGUCAGCAGUACCUGGAUCUCCGAAAUGCCCUAACGUCUGACGACAUCAAGGAUAUCUCCCUCAGUAACUAUGCCGAUUCCACGGAUGAGAGCAGCAGUGUCAACAGUGAGGGCAGUGACAUGAGCCUAGACCUUACGAAUCACUCAACUUAUGCCAGGAACAAACUUGAACAGCUCCAGGAGAGACUGAAUAACAAAAAUCAAGCUCUACAAGCCCUAAAAUGCUCCCUAAAGCCGGAAUCCAAGAUACUGUCUAUUCUGGAGAAGGAAGUGGACUGGCUCAAGGGAGAAAAACACCAAUUGGAGGCUCAUUUGAUGCGAACGGAGAUUUGGGCAGAUAAUUUGGGGAAAUGGAAGGCCACGGUGCAGAGUGUAGAUGUCAAUGAGGAGAAAGACUUCCUGCAAUUUAUGAUUCUUGUUCAGACUGAUGAGUCCGGGGGGAAAGAAUGUGGGGAAAAUUGUGAGGAGAAUGGUGGAGAUGUGUCCACGGGAUGGGUUGUUUUGCGAUCUCUGAAUCAUUUUCAGGAACUUCAUCGGAAAUUGCGUCCAUUGUGCCGAGAAAUUCGCUCUCUAGAACUCCCAUCGAUGACUUUCAAGCUGUUCUUCCAGAAGAACGACAAGAGCUCUCUUGAGAAGGCCAAGGGACAGAUACAGAAGUAUCUCAAUUUUAUUCUUGCGGAUGAUCACUUGAAUCAGAGUGAAGCUCUCUAUGCAUUCCUAAGUCCCAGUUCUGACCACCUGAAGCAGGUGACACCGUCCCCCAAGAAGUCAAAGUUCUCCCUAGCGACUCUCUUCAAGGGAAACGCAGUGGAGUCCAGUAAGCCAGAUGUCUUCUGGGGUUGUCCCAGAGACAGUGGCGAGGAUGAAAUGUCCUCGUAUUUGGAAGGUGCCAAUAAUCCAGACAACGAGUCCCACAAAGGUGACUGUGAGGGUGGGAAAGACUCAAUUGCUGAGCCAUUGUAUGCUCUUUUGGGAGAAAUCUUUGACAUGGGAGGUGUCUUCAAGUGGGUCCGUAAGAGUCUGAUAUCUUUUGUGCAAAUCACAUAUGGGCGUACCAUCAAUCGACAAAUCCGUGAUACUGUAAACUAUCUGUUUGAGGAGCCCAUGCUCCAUCACUACGCUUCUACUGCUCUCAAAUCUUUUUGGCCAGGUGGCGUUUUAGCGUCAGCUUAUCCCGAAAGAACCGACGACAUGCGCGAGAUGACUGCAAAUGCAGCAAAAUCUCUCUUGAUUGAUAAUAUUCCCGAGGUGCUGUGCAAUUUGGUUGGUGCUCAAACGGCUAAACAUGGUACAAUAAAGAUCUUCGAGACUAUUCAAAAUGCCACCUACAACAAGCAGCUUUUCUAUGAAACGCUCGAGAUUCUGAUGCUGGAAUUAUUUCCAGAGAUCAGACAACUUAAACCCACUUACAAGCAACAUUCCAACAAUAUCAAUCCACCUAAAGUUCACUAAGUUCAAAUUGGUUUCUUGUGCACAAAAAGUAAAAAUAGUGUGCAUCAUGUGCAUAAUUUUGGUCUGGUAUUUCCUUAACCGGAUGAAAACAAAAUCUGGUUUAUUUGAUUUUUUUGUGAUUUCGAAUAUGGCAUAAAUUUAUAUAAAAAUCUAUAAUUACCAAUAAUCCACCAAGUAGAACACAAAUUUAUCUACUAAAUGACACAGUGCUGUUUAACGAAAUAAAUUAAAGAGAAAAAAAUAUUGUAGGAAAGUCUCAGAAAAACCCAUAAAAGUAUCAAAGUAAUCAAAAA